AUGGCUACUUCCAAAUCCGCCGUCAUCCCCCAGGCCAAGAGGAUGUUUGAAGGCGGGACCCACAAGCUCGACGUUUGGUCCAUCUUUACCCCUGCGAAUGUGCCCGCGGACGCUAUCAACCUCGGGCAAGGGUUCAUGAACUGGGCUCCUCCUUCUUGGAUCUUGUCCGAGUCGCACCAGACUAUGGACAACGAGGUGAUGGCGAACCACUACUCUCACCCCCGUGGUCGACCCAGGCUUUUGAAGGCUAUCAGCAAACACUACAGUCCCCAGUUCUCCAACAUUGUCGAGAGGGGCGAAGACUUGAAGCCGGAGGAGAUUCUGGUCACUGCUGGUGCCAACUGCGGUAUGUUUGCUGCUCUUACGGCGCACCUCGAGCCUGGAGAUGAGGUCAUCUGCAUCGAGCCGUACUUUGACCAGUACUUUGCUUCGAUCCACUUCCAAGGUGCCAAGCCCGUCUUUGUGCCCCUCCACCCGCCUACCGGUACUGGUAUCAAGGACGGUUCCGAGUGGACUCUGAACAUUGACGAGUUCCGCGCGGCCUUUACCCCCAAGACCAAGGCUGUCAUCAUCAACACCCCGCACAACCCCGUCGGCAAGGUGUUUACAAAGAAGGAGCUCGAAGCUAUUGCCGAGGUGGUGAUUGAGAAGAAUGUGUUGGUGCUCGCGGAUGAGGUGUAUGACUGUAUGGUGUAUGACAAGAAGGAGCAUUUCAGGAUUGCUACUUUGCCUGGCAUGUGGGAGAGGACUUUGACUGUUGGGUCUGGUGGCAAGUCGUUUGCUUGUACUGGAUGGCGAUGGCUCAUCGGUACCCCCGAGCUCACCGCGGCCGCCCUCGCCGCCCACAGCCGAAUCGUCUUUUGCACCAACUCGCCCAUGCAAGAAGCCGUCGCUAUCGGCCUCGAGAACGCCGCCAAACACAACUUUUUCGCCGACCAGCUCGCCGCCUACACUGAGCGCCGUGACGUCUUGUGCUCCUACUUUGACCAGCUCGGCUUGCCGUAUACCAAGCCCGAGGGGUCUUACUUUGUGCUGGUGGAUAUCAGCCAGGUGAAGGUGCCGGAGGGGUACCCUAUUGCGGAGACUUGUAAGGGGCGAGGCAAGGAUUUCGAGUUUUGUUGGUGGUUGUGCCAGGAGCUCAAGGUGGUGGCUAUCCCUCCUUCCGAGUUCUACUCGGACGAGCAUUGCAAGGACCCCGAGUUGCUGCAUGCUGCGGGCAAGAGGCUGCUCAAGUUGAAGGAGUACAUUCAGUAG